AUGCCAAUUAUAGUACGCGACUGCAGUGGUAUGAGCCCCGAGGAAAUAAAGGCAAAGGUAAAGGAACUCGGAAGGCCUUCCCUUUUAAAAUUCUCUUCAGAAAACUGUGGCCCAUGUGAAGAUCUGAAAGAAAAGCUUAGCCAAUACAGUACAGACCUGGAAAUCAACGUUUUCGAGAUUUGCAGAACAAGAACAGCUUCUUAUCCGUCUCUCUGGGAUGAAUUCGACAUUACUGCAUUUCCAACUGUUGUGCUUGUAGACAAGGACAUGAAAGAGCUACAAGACAAGAACGGAAGUCAGGGUGCCCUAACUAGAAUUGUUGGCUCAAACAUCAAGAAGUUUGAAGAGCUUGUCAAGGAACACAGGCACUUGUUUGGGCAAAACACUUCUCAAUAA